GUGAUAUGUUUGCCUUGUCACUUUGAAUAGCUCUUUGAAAUAGAGCUCCAUCUUGUGGCCUAUUAGCAUUAUAUACUAUUUAACUGAGCUUGAUGUGGAUAAUUAACUACAUCCAUAUAAUCUAGAAACACUACUGAAUAAGUAUCAAAGCUUGUGCAGAAGAGCCCUAACACUAAAUGGAUGAUUAGUCCAAUAGUGUAGUUAUAAUUCUGAUAAGCCAAACACUACAAAGCAUGACAUGGCUACUGGACAACAUUAUUUCAGGACUACAGCAUUGCUGUAAUACCCUCUAAAGUGUGGAAAUAUGUCUCUCAGAAAUAAUAUAGUCUACCUAAAAGAUAUAAAUACCUCAUCUAAAAACUCGAUAAUUUAGUGAUUUAAGUAGAAUUGCAGUGCAAGUUGAGUUAUAGUAUUGUACUUGGCAACCUGCUACGAGGUUGAAAAUACUGACCAUUAAUGAGUUCCUUCAUUCAAAAUCUAGUGCUGUGUUGUGCAUAACACAACAGGGGCCAGACCACAAAAAUGGCGGCUACCCAGGCGACGCAAAGGAGAGUAUAGAAUGAUGUACGUCCGAAGGAGAUGUUCAGUAUAAUGUUAGUGCCUCAUCUGAUGAUAAAUCCUAGUAGGGCCCUAAAGGGACAUGAUGAAUGUACCUGCUGUCUGUAGACUCUGUAGUUAACCUAUUCCCCCCCCUCUUUGAUGUAUUUGCUGUCAAUCUGUCAUUCUCUUUUUGUAUGUGGAUGUUAUCAGCUACCUGUCAACAUUCUUAUAGGCAGUUGAUUUGAAGGUACUACAAGUAAAUAAUACAAAUGGCUCUAAUAGUGUACAUUAUGUGAUGAAUUUGUUUUAUGUUCCUGCAGUUUGCGUGGCAUUUUCUUGUCAAAUUUUAUUUUUACCCUGUACAUUUUUACAUGGAAAAUAUGAACAUUCAAUUCAAAGCCCCAUGGGCUCAAAUGUAGCAUUUAUUGUCCGAGAAGUCUUUAAAGCUGACACACACACAAUGCAGUGUGACCUUAAUGACCAAUAUUUCUCUAUUUUAAUAUAGUGAUGGCAAUAUUACAAUAUGAAAGAGCUAGCCAUUGGCUGUGUUUAUGACAGUUAAGUAUUAAAGGCAGACUGCAGCAGUAUGUAUCUCAAUUUCUAUAAAAUAAUUUCUGGGUAACAAUGAAGUAACUUACUGUGAUUGUUUUCAAUUGAAUUGGCCAAAAAUAAACAAAAUAGCUUCUUAGCAAAGAGACAUUUUUCAAGCAAGAAUUGUGCUAGGACUAUGGGAGUGGCAAGAAGGUUUGAAACUCUUAUUGGUCUAUUUGAAGCAAUAGGGCCCGAGGGGAUGUGGUAUAUGACCAAUAUACCACGGCUAAGGGCUGUUCGAAGGCACAACGUGGAGUGCCGUGGUAUAUUGGUCAUAUAUCACAAACCCCCGAGGUGCCUUAUUGCUAUUAUAAACUGGUUACCAACGUAAUUAGAGCAGUAAAAAAAUCAGUUUUUGUCAUACCCGUGGUAUACGGUCUGAUAUACUAUGGCUGUCAGCCAUUCGGCAUUCAGAGCUCGAACCACCCAGUUUACAUAAACUGAUUUGACACCUAGUGAUGUCACCACGCAGGCAAAAAACCCGUCCCACCAAAACAGCCAGAAAUUUCGGGCAGUCUUUUCAAACAACGCCUACACUAAAAGGGCAUUAAAAUAAUUCUCAAUUUCACAGUAUUAUUCCAACCUCCUAGUGUGAGAAUGUGUAUAUUAAACAGGAUAAUUACAUUUGACUGCACUGGGCAUUUAAGUGAAUGGGGUUGGAGUGGAGCAGGAACUCAGCCCAGGUCAGGAAUGCCAGACAGGAAGUACUCACUGUGUUUGGUUUACUACUACAGAAAUAGACUUCCUGUUCCCUUGAGCCCCUCUGGGUGGAGGUGGGGCUGUUCUCAGCUCAAGGUGAUGACAGUGGUGGAGGGGCGCAGGGGUACACAUCUGUAUAGACCACUUCUCAAAGUGUUGUGUUCAGCCAGCAAACUGGGGUCCUAAUUGGCACCUUGUUCUAAAAUGUAGUGUACUAUGUGGGACCUGGUCAAAGUAGUGCACUUUGUAGGCAAUAUGAUGCCAUUUGGUAUGCAUACUGGGCCUAUAGCUAGCAUAACAUUGACAUGAGUGGUGAGAUGCCCAGUGCACGCACACAAGGCCAAUGUUGUGGCGGAAGUAAGGAUAGACAUCCAGUGACUUUAGUGAUCCGGGUGGUAAGUAAGAUACAGUAAGAACAAUGGGGCACUGGCCUUGAAAGUACAACAGUCACACCCUGAGAGGAGACAAUAUAACAUCCUCUUCCCAAUCUGUUGCUGUCAUAUUUGGGAAGUUUCUCUUAGUCUUUUGUUUUGUUAGAUACCUGGCCUCAACCCAUUAUGGUACUUGGCAUAUGAACCACUAAAGACAUGGUACAGGAGGCUUUACAUCAAAUAAACUCUAAUUGACUGCCUCACUGAUUUGUGGAAGCUGCAUCAACUGGAUUGGUUACAAACUGGAAAGGAAAAUAGUUGUAAGAAAUCCCAUCACGAAUACCAAGGCUGUAAUAAUACCCCCACUGAGGCUGUUGUUGGCUAGUGUCUGUGCCACUUGGCAUAGUUCAGUGUGUUUUGAAGAGGUCCAGGAAACGAGGAGAUGUAAACACAGACGUGGGGAGAGGUCAGAGGCCUUGACUGAUACACAAAUAAACAAACUCCCUUUAGAGGUAGCAGUUGUGAAACGUCCCUAGUUUGUCCCAGAUCUCAACAGCUGUGGAGGAUCAGAGGACAUUACUGGGACUUCGCUCCUCAAAGACCAAUGUACAAGAGGAUGUGUCUGGGAGUGUGAGAGGAAGGCCGUCAGUACAAUGGAUAUGUGCCUUCGUUCCUCCACCCCUUCUCUCUCUUUCGGGCUCUGAUCAUCCCCCUCGUUCAGUGGUGUUCUGGCCGUCUGGGUAGGCCACUGUUGGUGGUGGACAGGCGGACCACUGAACUUAAAUGUCAGACGGAGACAAGAAUGGUGGUGACAAACCUGAAGAUGCGGCAGCGCUCCCAGAGGUGUGGCCAGAGGCGGAGCGGGCAGAGAGCUUGGCCCGGGGCGCGGCCCUGAAGUGGGCAUCGGGUGUGUUCUGUCGCCCUGAGCAUCUGGAGAGGUUAGGACAGUACCGCAAAAGGGAAAGCCAGAGGACCUCAUCCAUCCAGUCAAGACUCAAGUCAGUGGUCCAGUCCUACCUAGAGGGGGUGGGCUGGGGUCUGGAGCAGCUUCGUGAGGCCCGGGCAGAGCUGAAAGAGGUGUCCCAUGCCCUGGGGAAGGCAGGGGUGGAGUCCAGCAGAAACGCAGAGGGAGUCAAGGCUCUGGAGAUGAUGCGAGAGGUCUCUGUCAAUCACUGUCAACUCCUUGCUGCCGUUAGCAACCUGCCACGCCUCUACUCUGUACAGAGCAUGGUAUCGGAGACAGAGAGGCUGGUGGAAUCUCGCCGGCUCCUGGAGGCCCACGCACGUCUGAUGGAGCUGGAGUGCUGGCAGGAUGACGUCCUGUGGCAGCUCCAUGGAGCAGGGGCCCCUGGGACAGCCCUCAGUGCCCAGGAUGAGGAGCUGGUCAGGAACUACUUCUCAGGCGUUGGAAAGCUGGUGGAGGCUCUGGGGAAGGAGCUGUGGGCAGUGGUGGGGAGUGGACUGGCUUUAGCCCGGCAGAACCCUACGCCGUUUGUGUCUGCUGUGAGGAUUGUGGAGCGAGAGGAGGCGCUGGAUCAGGCCAUGCUCGAGGAGAGAGGAGGUGCAGGGGGCCACAGCAGGCCUCUUCCCCCUGGACGGCCACGCUGCUGGAGGGAGCGCUUCUUCCAAGUGUUGGAAGAGGCAGUGUCUGCACGUUUCCGUAGCGUCUCUUACCUGCACACCCGUGGGCCUGGCCUUGCAGGCCACCUGUCUGCCCUACAGCACGGAAUCAUGGGAGACCUGGCCACGGUGCGCCACCUGCUGGACCACUGCGUUCCGCCCCACUAUAACCUGACCAGGGCCUACCUCCGCGCCUGCCACCGCUGUCUACAGUCACACAUGGGCCAGGUCAGCGGAUGGGAGCUGGAGAGCGGGGAGAUCUUUGCUGUUCUUAACUGGGUGCUACACAUCUACCACAGCUCAGAUAUGAUGGGGCAUCCAGACCUAAUGGUGGAGAUGGAGUUAGAGGAGCUGGGACCCCUGAUCUCCCAGGAGUGUCUGGAACAGUUGCAGAACAAAUACGUACACAGUGUGCGGAAAAGUGUGUCUGAGUGGAUGCAUAAGGCCCUGGAGGUGGAGCUGACAGACUGGCAGAGAGACCAGGAACCAGACACUGACCACGAAGGCUUUUACCUCACCAGCCUGCCAACCAUCAUCACACAGAUGCUGGAGGAGAAUGCACGAGUGGCUCUGAUGGUUAGUGAAUCACUUCGGGAUCAGACCAUACAGAUGGGGCUCUAUGAGAUGGAGAACCUCCUCAAUAGGUUUCGGGAGGCUCUUGUGGAAUUUGGGAAGGAGCACCGCAGGGAUCAGAGCACAAAUCAAAACAAGUUCUAUCUCCAUUAUCUACUGGCCUCUAUAAGCAACUGCAUCAUCCUCAAGACCUCCACAGAGAGUUUGCAGCAGCAGCUCUCGUCCCGUUCAGCCAGCCGGUUCUCCCGGACUCCCCCCGGCCCCCUGGCUGCUCUGGACCGGGCAGUGAGGAGGGCCUGCCGCCUGGUGAUGGACCAGCUGCUGCUAGAGCUCCAGCCUUUCCUGCAGGGACUACUGUCUCGCUCCUGGCUGGCCCAGGGAGACGUCAUGGUUACCCUGAAGUUAUGUGGAGUCCUGGAGCGCCAUUUUGAGCUGUAUAGUCGUGUUCGCCCACCCUGCCGGCAGCGUUUGCAGGAAGAGUGCCAGUGGCUGACGGUAGUGGAGUAUGUGAGGGUGUUGAUGCAGAAGAGGCUGGUGUGUCGGAAUGCAGAGGAGCGGCGCCAGCUCGCCCAGAGAAUGGCACUGGAUGCCCAGCAUCUGAGGGAUCUCUUCCAGGGCCUGGUGGAAGUGGAGGGAUCAGUGAGUGAGGUGAACCCAAUGGCUUUACUGCCUGUUCUGGCUGACUUCAUCCGGCUAAAAGACCCUAGCAUGCUUACGCUUGAGGUGUCUGGACUGGUGGCCAAGUACCCUGAUAUCAGUGAUGAGCAUGUGUCAGUGUUGCUGGAUGUUAGGGGGGAUGUUUCCAGGGAUGUGAGGGGUACAGUUCUGGAUCUCCUGGAGCAGAGCACUCCUCCUCUUCCUGCUGGCUACCGACCCAUCUUCUCUGACAUCCUGGUCCCUACUCCUAGCAUGCCAUUCUGUCUGCCUACUGCCAAGUGUGCCUGACUACAAUUUUGCAGCCUUUAAAUCCACGCAACACACAGCUUGUGAUUCAUAAGUUAUAUCAACUUUAUAAUACAUCCAUCCACCGCACAGUGGAUUGUAUAUCAAGCUUGAUGGUCUGCAGAGUUCAAAUCUAUGUUUAUUGGUCUUGUACACAGUUUAGCAGAUGUUAUUGCAGAUGCAGUGAAAUGCUUGUCCAGCUUCACAGGGUGGUACUAUGGAUAUUGUCUGGUGCGAUGGUCUUAAUGAAUACAUUACAAUUCCAAUGUAAUUUAAAUCAAUCCGUUUGAUGUUCUGAAUUGAUUGUUACCACAAGAGACUGUACCUACAGAAAAUCGGGGGGCACCUGUAAUGUGAUGUAUUUUACUGUAUUAUUCAUUGUAUGUAUAUUCAGAUGAACAAUACAUUCUAAAUGAAAA